AUGAGCAUGCCUGUCAGCACCUUGCGCCUUGACGUGCUCUCACACCUAUGUUCCGCGGCAGACGAGGGUAACCAUCAGGCAGCAUCACAACUGCUGCCAUUCGUGUGCCUUUGUUUUCAGCAACCGCCGGCCCUAGCCGCGUCAUUUAAAAGUGGCACGGGCCGGCCAGACUUUGCGCUGAUCAAUACGACGAUCUCAAAGCUAGCUUCCUUUCAUUCAUCCACGGGACCCGAAAGCAGCACCGCGCUCUCAGUAGCCACAGUUGCCGGUGAUAUCAUGGAGUCCAUUUCUGUGGGUCUUUGCUCAGCACACGCGGAGGAUGAGGACAGGGAGGAGAGAGAGGAUGCAGAGAUGGAACAGGCAAAAGAGUCUCAGGAGCACUGCGAGGAGGGUCAGCCGGAGCAGUGCAUUUGGUUGCUCAGCUUGCUCGCCGCUUCGUUGCCAUUGAUGGCAGACUCGCUGCCAGAGGACGAUCGCGGAAUGUGCGUGUUACCCCAUCAGCACAGCAUGGACCUGCAGAACGCUGAUGAUUUGUGCAUGCCGAUGCGACUCUGGAAUGGCCGACCUGCAUACGAUACGCAGAAGAUCUGUGAUCGGUGCAUGGAAGCCAUUCAGGAGCGCGAGUUCUACCACUGCUCAAGGGACUGCGACGUGGAUUUUUGCAGAAGCUGUCAUGCAGAACUCCAGGCAGUUCUGGAUAAGCACUUUACCGCACGAAGCUCGAGGAUACCUGUCACGCACUUGGUUGAGCGCAUGGCAUGGACGAUGCAUGCGGCUGAUGAGCUUGCUUCAAAGAUCUUGCAAAGAACAAGUCGAGAACGUACGCUGCUGGCUCGCCUGCUUGCUGAGGAGUGGCCCCUAGAGAUGUUUUCAAUGCUCGUUGCUGCCAUCGUUGACGUGUGCAAUGCGAAAGUGUUGUACAACUCAUCGAACGGAGCGAUUACAUCCUCUGUUCGACGUUCCUUCAUACACGAGCAAGAACCAUAUCAGCAGCACUCCCAGCCCAUGUACGAGGAUGAUUCAUUCUGGACAACAGUUGGUUUUCUCCAAUUCCUGUAUGCCAGCAACAUGCUUCGCAAGGACUCGCAUGUUGGCUGCGAAGGCGAACAACGUCCAGCGGUCAACGCGCUGAGCUUUGUACCAGAAGCGAUAAACCAGUGCAGGCCCGAGGUGGAAUGGGAAUACUGGAGCGCCCACGCGGCGACGGUGACACAUGCUCUUCCGAACAUACUGUCUGACGAUUUCUCAACAACGUCGCCCGAGUUUCGGUGCCUAGCCGCUCAUACCAACAUCCUGCCGAUAAACUUCCGGAGGAGCUGUGCAGUUCUAGAUGUACGUCACUGCAUCUGUUCUGGAAAUUCCUGGCCACAAUUGCUUCCACGACGGGUGACCAUCCGCCGUGAACCCGAGCUUCUCGUCGCCGAUCUAGAGGUUUUCCUAUCUGAAGCAGACGAAGCUCCAGAGCCAGGAACCAUGGAAUUCACAUGCGCUGAGCCAAGCGUUGCGGAGAUGGAGAGGGAUGCAGAGCCCGAAGUCGCGAGCCGACAGCCAGCUCGUGCGACUUCCCUUCAGCAACCGUUCCACGUCACAUUCCAGGGUGAAGAUGGGCAAGGCCCUGGAGUCAGGAAGGAGUUCUUCCACGUUGCCACGCGCGCGUUCCUCUCCCUGUUGUUCGACGAAGUCUGCAGCCGCCAGUACUGGUUUAGGAAGGUUGACAGACCAGCGGCCUUCUUUGCAUUUGGAGCAUUGCUGGGCCACGCCAUCGUGCAUGACGUGCUGAUGCCAACUGCGUUUCCUUGGACCCUCUUUGACUUGCUGUUGCUGGACCUGGGGGCGCCGAAUGCAAGCGGCCGCCUGAGCCUUUCCCACCUGGCGGCCGUGCUUCCAGAGGAAGCGCACAGUCUCCGGCAAAUUCUGGAGUACCAGGGCUCGGACCUUGAGCAGCACUUCGGAGAGCUUGGCUGGGAGAGGACGGGAAGGCUGAAAGGCCAAAGCCUUUCACAGGCCUCUAAGAGCGAUUUCGUGAAUGCUUACAUUGACUGGCGCCUCCGUGACGAUAUCGAGGCCCAGUUCAAGCCCUUCAGUCGUGGAUUCAAGCAGGUUGUUGGAGAUUCACACAUGCUUCGGCUGCUGGACGCCGAGCAGCUUGAGUGGAUUGUCUCCGGUGCUCAACGCCCCGUCGACAUGGCUGCAGUGCGAAGUCGUGCCGAUCACGAGGGCUGGACUUUGGAGGAAAUAACUGCCUACCUGGACCCAUUCUGGAAGUUUAUCGAGGGUUUGGCUGAGGAGGAGAAGAAGCGAUUCCUCGUUUUCGUGACUGCCUCUGACCGAAUGCCUGUGCGAGGAUGGUCAAGUCUGCGCCUCCUCGUCCAGAAGAAUGGUGCCGGGGACGACAGGCUGCCAACUGCGUAUACGUGUUUCUCACUUCUCCUGCUCCCUCUCUACAGCAGCGUGGAGGUGCUGAAAAAGAACAUGCUGCUGGCCAUCACGAACUCAGAGGGGUUUGGCUUGAAGUGA